GCAGAAAAAGUCCUUUUGCUAAAAAAGCGGACUCAGAGAAAAACAAGAUGAGCACUGCUGGAAAAGUCAUUAAGUGCAAAGCAGCUGUGCUGUGGGAAUUGAAGAAACCCUUUACCAUUGAGGAAAUAGAAGUCGCACCACCAAAGGCUAAAGAAGUUCGCAUUAAGAUUUUGGCCACAGGAAUCUGCCGCACAGAUGACCAUGUGAUCAAAGGAGCAAUGGUGUCAAAGUUUCCAGUCAUUGUUGGACAUGAAGCAACUGGGGUUGUGGAAAGCAUUGGAGAUGGAGUCACUACUGUGAAGCCAGGUGACAAAGUCAUCCCUCUCUUUCUGCCUCAAUGCAGAGAAUGCAACGCUUGCCGCAACCCAGAGGGCAACCUUUGCGUUAAGAGCGAUGUGACUGGCCGUGGAGUCCUGGCUGAUGGCACUACCAGAUUUACGUGCAAGGGCAAACCUGUCUAUCACUUCAUGAACACAAGUACAUUUACUGAAUAUACGGUGGUCGAUGAAACUUCUGUUGCUAAGAUUGAUGAUGCAGCUCCUCCUGAGAAAGUCUGUUUAAUUGGCUGUGGAUUCUCCACGGGGUAUGGGGCUGCUGUUAGAACUGGCAAGGUCACCCCUGGCUCCACUUGUGUUGUCUUUGGCCUGGGAGGAGUUGGCCUUUCAGUCAUCAUGGGUUGUAAGUCAGCUGGUGCAUCCAGAAUAAUUGGGAUUGACAUCAAUAAAGACAAAUUUGAAAAGGCCAUGAGUGUAGGAGCCACUGAGUGCAUAAGCCCCAAAGACUACACUCAACCCAUCAAUGAGGUGCUGUCAGAAAUGACUGGCAACAAUGUGGAAUACACUUUUGAAGUUAUUGGUCGUCUUGAAACUAUGAUUGAUGCCCUUGCUUCCUGCCAUUUAAACUAUGGGACGAGUGUGGUGGUCGGUGCUCCUCCAUCAGCCAAGAUGCUCACCUAUGAUCCCAUGUUGCUAUUUACUGGGCGCACAUGGAAAGGAUGUGUUUUUGGAGGUUGGAAAAGUAGAGAUGAUGUUCCUAAACUAGUAAAUGAUUUCCUGAAAAAGAAAUUUGACCUGGACCAGUUGAUAACCCACAGGUUACCUUUUGAAAAAAUCAAUGAAGGAUUUGAACUGCUUUAUUCAGGACAAAGCAUUCGUACUGUCUUGACGUUUUAA